CCCGGGCGGAGCAGGCCCGGCGCGGGGCCGGCCCGCCGCCAUGUCCUCCUUCUCGGAGUCGGCGCUGGAGAAGAAGCUGUCGGAGCUGAGCAACUCCCAGCAGAGCGUGCAGACGCUGUCGCUGUGGCUCAUCCACCACCGCAAGCACGCAGGGCCCAUCGUCUCCGUCUGGCACCGGGAGCUCCGCAAAGCAAAAUCAAGUAGGAAACUUACUUUCCUAUACUUAGCAAAUGAUGUCAUCCAGAACAGUAAGAGGAAAGGUCCUGAAUUUACCAGGGAAUUCGAAUCUGUUCUUGUGGAUGCUUUUUCUCAUGUUGCCAGAGAAGCAGAUGAGGGCUGCAAAAAGCCCUUGGAACGAUUGCUUAACAUCUGGCAAGAAAGAAGUGUGUAUGGCAGUGAGUUCAUACAGCAGCUGAAACUUUCUAUGGAAGACUCCAAUAGUCCCCAAACUAAAGUUGCAGAAGAGAAGAAGUCGUCUUUGAAGCGGACUUUUCAGCAAAUACAAGAGGAGGAAGAUGAUGAUUACCCUGGGAGCUACUCGCCCCAGGACCCCAGCGCUGGGCCACUGCUGACAGAGGAUUUGAUCAAAGCCCUGCAGGACCUGGAGAAUGCAGCAUCAGGGGAUGCAACAGUGCGGCAAAAAAUUGCCUCCCUGCCUCAGGAAGUUCAGGAUGUUUCAUUACUGGAGAAAAUUACAGACAAAGAGGCGGCCGAGCGCCUUUCCAAGACCGUGGAUGAAGCAUGCCUCUUGCUGGCUGAGUACAAUGGGAGGCUGGCAGCAGAGCUGGAGGACCGGCGCCAGCUGGCACGCAUGCUGAUCGAGUACACGCAGAAUCAGAAGGACGUGUUGACGGAGAAGGAGAAGAAGCUAGAAGAAUACAAACAGAAGCUCGCUCGGGUAACCCAGGUCCGCAAGGAGCUGAAAUCUCACAUCCAGAGCCUUCCAGAUCUGUCACUGCUGCCCAACGUCACAGGAGGUCUGGCACCUCUGCCGUCUGCUGGUGACCUGUUUUCAACAGACUAGAACAAAUGGUGUCCCCUCGUUUCCAUUAUUACCAGCAAAAGUGAGAAGACUGUUGACUGGAAAUCCAGUCUUCCCAGAUGUACAGUAGGAAAGAACUUUCAGACCCUGCUUUCAACCUCUUGGCUGCUCAUGCUCACCCUCUUUCUGUGUACACUGGCUCACAAGGAGGGCAGGAUAAAGAGCGAGUUUUGUGAGCUCUUAAGGGGGUGGGGAUAGUCCGUAUAAGCAAUCUUCUCUCAUAAUUUUUCCUUCCUCUUUAGUUUGUUUGCUCUUAGCACUUGUUACCCCACGAAAGUCAUGAGAAUCAUGUACAUAUAUAUCUGGAAGGUGUUCAAAGGAAGGCUGACCGUGUGACGUUUUCCUCUGUGAAACUAUUGUGUUAUUUCAGAACGUCUUGCCUGUUUUUGCUGGGUCUCUGCACCUCGCAUCUGAAAGCAGUGGUGGCUGGUGGGCUUUGUAGGGCUGCGUGCAUGUGUGUCUGCAGGUACUGCAUCGUGUCACUGAAGGACAAAGGCACCUACUGAGCAAUGGCACAAACGUUUUAAAUCUACAGUUCCUCAUGCUGUUGUAGGCCUCACAUAAAAAACAGUUCCUAUUUGGCAUGAACAUAAAUUGAAACUCACCACAGGCAAUAAAAAUAAACAGCUUUUCUUUGUGAAUUAGAGAGCUUCAUAAUUUAAGCUCUGCUGAGCCAUGCAGAACUGGAUAUUACCUAAACGAGAGUGGAAGUAAAUUUUGUUCUAGCUACCUUAGAUUUAUGCUAUAUUUUUCCUCUUCAUUAUACAAAAUAAACGAUCACAGAAGCUUUGCUUUAACUGAGAGGCUGGAAUGGUGGAUUGUAACUGGUCACGUCCCAGUGGCAGAUCUGCUCUGAAGGUCGUCGUGCUGAAAGCAUUCUAUGAAUUCUCCCUGUAGCUUUAGUCAAGUUAUUUGAUGAACAGAAGUUAAAUGUGAUAUAAACACUUUUUUAAUCUAGAAAGUAGGCCCAUGUACACAUCCAGUAUGCACAUGUGCUGUAUCUAUGCAUGUAGGUAUUAGGAGGACGUACUUGAUUUCGUAUCACAGAUUGUGAGUUGAUUUUAUUAUUUGGGGGGAAAAAAUAGAGUACUCUUUAAUUUGCUAGCUAAUAUUUUAGCUGCCAUGGGUGUCGUUAGAUUUCAGUUUGUGUGUUAGGUCUAUCAAGCUGGACUCUCAUCACUGAAAACCAUUCCUAUUUGGGAUAAAAAUCUGUUUAAUAUCUCUAUAGAACACCUGAAUCUUCUGGAAACACUUGGUCUGACAACACAGGCUCUGUCACAGAGAGGCUGGGAUUGGUGACCUUGAUGUGCUGUGUUUGUGCCUCGCUGUGCUCUGCAGCUAUCAAAGACAUGAGGAGAUACCUAUGGAAAUGCAAACCUUGGUCUGCGUUCUCAUUAAUUUAUUUUGUGGAGUAUUCAGUAGCUUAUUUGCAUUCAGUGAAAUAACACCAUGUCUCUGGUCUUUCAGUUGUUGAAAAGCUCGUGUGCUUUUCUUACUGACGCCUCACUUUUCGUUUGGUUUUGUUCUGUAAAAAGGAAACUUCUUGCACCCUCGUUGCCCAGCCAAGAAAUGCGCUUCCUUUUUCACUUACAGGAAUUUUCACGAUGGCAGAGAAUUCUUUUUUCCAUGAAUUGGUUUGAUCUUUGCAACCAUUUGUGGACCAAAUGACGCUUGCAUAAAGCACCCAAUUCUUUCUGCUUUUGCCAAAAAUUAAAAAGGAAAAAAAAAGUAAAAUCAAGGGAAACAAAACGACCCACCGAAGCUCUGAAUCCCAAACCAGAAGGUGAAUUUCUCUCCUGCCUCAACUCGUGGAGGUACCCUGAGGUUGCUUUCACCAGUAAUUGCUCUGACCUUGGAUUGAACGUGUGUCCAUUGCAAUGGGAAACAAAAGAUCAAAAUUGUCCUAAAAAAAGAAAUGUGCUGGAGAUGUGUUGCCAUCUCAUGCUGUUGUUUUGGGCAGAUCUCGUGUGAGAAAGUGGUUAUGUCUGUCUUCUGUUUUAUGAUUGAAAUGUUUUGACUUUUUAUUUCCAAGCGUGCGUGUGUUUUAUUUUGCUUAAUUUAAAUGAAGUCUCAUGGGUUUUACUUUUGUUUUACUUUUUGGGCAAAGGGCAUCUGGUGAACUGAGUAACAUUCUCUCAAGGUUGAACAGAUUUCCCCAAGGUGUGUCUCUCUUUUUUUUUUUUAAUGCUAAAAUCUGUAUAUGAAUUGUUUUAGGAAUUAAUUUAGACAUAUAGGCUGCCGUUUGUGACAGCAGUAUAUUCUGAAAUGUCUCAUAGAUCUAUAUUUUUGAAUAAAGAGGGUGUCGUUGAA